AUGGAACAGGAAGAACCAGCAGAACUAAGAGGUCUCAAGUACCCAGCCAAAAAACAUGCAUUGAAAGUUAAAGAACAUUUCAUUUCGAAGAAAGGGCAACUAUUGGAAAACAAAUCUGCCUUUUUUAUUGCCGGUGAGACCUUGAAAUUGUAUGCGUACUGUGAUGAGACAUAUCCUUUGCGCCAGAAUAGAUACUUCCACUAUCUUUCAGGAGUUGAUCAAAUCCCAGGCUGUUACAUUCUCUACACCCUUGCUGAUGAUAAGCUCAUUUUAUAUCUUCCAGAGAUUGAUUGGGACGAUGUGAUGUGGAGCGGAAUGCCAAAGAGCUUGAAGGAUGCGGCACAGCAAUAUGAUGUUGAUGAAGUUAGAUAUGAAGCAGAGAUUAACAAGAAGCUUUCUGACUUAUCACAUUCCGGAGUUACCAUAUAUACUACAGAUACGAAGAAUUAUGCGGACAAGCCAUUUGCCAAGCUUGUCAAGACUGCUGACAAGGAUUUCUUUUACGCACUUGAUGAGGCCCGUUUAAUCAAGGACUCUUAUGAAAUUGCAUUGAUGAAGUACGCUAACAAGAUUACCGCUAACUCGCAUAUUGCUGUUAUGUCGGCACAGCCAAUUGAGACAAACGAGACACAUAUGCAUGCCGAGUUUAUCUAUCACUCCAUCAGACAGGGAUCAAAAGUCCAGAGUUAUGAUCCGAUUUGCUGUUCAGGUCCAAGCUGUGGUACUUUGCAUUACGUGAAAAAUGAUGAGUCGAUGAAAAAUAAAUGCAGCACAUUGAUUGAUGCAGGUGCAGACUGGAGAUGUUAUGCUUCGGAUGUCACUAGAUGCUUCCCAAUUACUGGUGAAUGGACAAAAGAACAUUUAGAGAUCUAUAAGACAGUUCAGGAUAUGCAGAUACAAGUCUUGAACGGAAUCAGACCAGGUGUGGCUUGGGAGUCGUUACAUUGCUUGGCUCAUGAAGUUAUGAUUAAACAUUUUCUUGACCUUGGAAUCUUCAAGAAUGGAACUGCAAAGGAAAUAUACGAUAGCAGAGUCUCAGUUUGGUUUUUCCCACACGGGUUGGGCCAUUUGAUUGGCUUAGACACCCAUGAUGUUGGUGGAUAUCCAAACUACGAUGACCCGGAUAUCAUGUUAAGGUGGCUUCGUUUAAGGAGAAAGCUUUUACCGGGUAUGGUUGUGUCAGAUGAACCAGGUGUUUACUUCAAUAAAUACCUUAUAGAAAAGGCUUACAAGGACCCAAAACAGUCGAAAUACAUUGAUAAGGAUGUUCUUCAGAAAUACCUGAAUGUUGGUGGUGUUAGAAUUGAAGAUGAUAUUCUUGUCACCGAGGAUGGUCAUGAGAAUCUCACUGUUGUUACUAGCGAUCCAGAUGAGAUUUCGAAGAUUGUUAAGAAGGGCAUCGCAAAGGGUAGACAAGGAUUCCACGUUGUUGCUUAA